AUGACUUCUAAAGCAAGCUUGGAAGAAACUUUUUGGCCGACUGGUACUGCUCUGCCAGGUCUUGCAAAGAGAGCUCUGUUAGUUACCAAUAUUGCAAGCCCAGAGGUACAAAGCAAGGCAAGAUCUAAAGUUCUGAAAGAAACCAGGCCAGUCAUAAUUGAUAUAGGAACAGGUUCUUGCAAAAUUGGAUAUGCAGGGGACCCAAAACCUUCAUUUGUUGUUUCGUCUACAGUGGUAAAACCUUUUAGAGAGACUUGCAAAACAGGAGGCAUCCAAAAGGAAUAUUUAAUUGGCAAAGAAAAAGAGUUUUUUCCUAAUAUCUCCCAAAAGCUUGUAAAUCCUCUAUGGCAUGGUGCAAUUGUGGACUGGGAUUGCAUUGAAGCCAUGCUUGAAUACCUGUUUGUUCAGGAGAUGAAGAUUACACCUGAUGAGCAUGCUGUUCUGCUGUCUGAUCCUCCACUGAGCCCAAUAACUAACAGAGAAAAAUAUAUAGAGAUGAUGUUUGAGACCUUCAACGUCCCAGCUUUCCACAUGGCCUAUCAGCCAAGACUUGCUAUGUAUUCGUAUGGAAGGACAUCCAGCCUUGUUGUUGAAUGUGGCCAUGGUGUGUCUUAUGCAGUCCCGAUAAGUGAAGGACACGUUCUUACUAGUUUAACAAGCAGAGUAGAUUAUGCAGGAGCAGACAUUACAAAAUGCCUAAUGGAGAAUUUAAAUGGAACUGGCCAUAAAUUUAACGUAGAGCACAGAGACAUAAUUGAAGACGUAAAAAACAAAUUUUGCUAUAUUUCCUUUGACUUCAAUAAUGAGUUACGUUUGCCACAAAAAAAGUACCUAACAGAGUAUAAACUUCCAGAUGGACAGCGAAUCAUUAUAGGAAAGGAAAGGUUUAUAUGCCCUGAAGUACUCUUCCGGCCAUCCUUAAUGGGUUCUCCUCAACCUGGUGUUCAAGACCUAACCAUGACAUCUAUUAAUAAUUGUGAUGCUAGCCUUAAGAACACCAUGCUCAAUAACAUUUUGCUGUGUGGAGGCAUUACUAUGCUUGAAGGGUUUCCUGAGCGCUUUCAGAAGGAAUUGAACCAGUUUUCAUGUCAUCAGAAACCUUGUGUUUUAGCUUGGCCUGAACGACAAUUUUCUACCUGGAGGGGGGGCUCGGUAUUGGCAUCCCUAAAAUCCUUCCAACAAGUUUGGUUGUACAGGAAGGAAUAUGAAGAACACGGUCCUUCCAUCGUUUAUAGACGAUGCUUCUAA